GCCGUGCCGGGCCCGGCGCGCCGAGCCAGCAGAUGGCAGCUCCGAGAGGCCCCGGCAUCCCUUGCGCCAUGCCGGCGGGGCCCAGCGCUGGCGGUGGCGGUGGAGGCCGCGGGGACGGCCGGCGAGCGGCCCGGCCGGGCGCGAGGCCCUCGGAGUCCAGCGCUGCAGGUUACUUGCUGGAGGAGGCCCCAGCCGGAGGAGGAGCAGGACCUCACGAAGCUGCUGCCCCAGGUGUUCCCAGGAGCCCUGUCUUAUGCCUGCAGCACUCCCAGGCUCACGCGCAGGCAGUCGGAUCAAGCGCUGACGGAAGAAUGGUCUGUGCCCAGGUGGAGACGAGCCCCAGGAGGCACUGGCAGAAGGUGCUGUACGAGCGCCAGCCUUUCCCGGAUAACUAUGUGGACCAGCGUUUCCUGGAGGAGCUACGGAAGAACAUCCAUGCCCGCCAAUACCAGUACUGGGCUGUGGUCUUCGAGUCGGGGGCAGUGGCACAGCAGCUAUGCAGCGUCUGUGUCUUCGUCAUUACCUGGUGGUACAUGGACGCUGGGAUGCUGAGCCCACAGGGGCUUUUUGGGGCAGGCCUGGUCUCUUCCCUACUUGGCUACAUCCUGUUCAACGUCAUUGACGCUGGGGUCGGGCGGCAGGAGAGUGGGCGGACAUGGUGGGCAGACCUGAAGAGCACACUAGUGUUCAUUGCCUUCACCUAUGGCUUUUCACCAGUGCUUAAGACACUGACAGAGUCGAUCAGCACAGACACCAUCUACGCCAUGUCGGCUUUCAUGCUUCUCGGCCACCUCAUCUUCUUUGACUACGGCGCUAACGCUGCCAUUGUAUCCAGCACACUGUCACUCAACAUGGCCAUCUUUGCCUCUGUGUGCCUAGCAUCCCGCCUGCCUCGCUCCCUCCACGCCUUCGUUAUGGUCACCUUCGCCAUGCAGAUCUUUGCUCUCUGGCCCAUGCUGCAGAAGAAGCUGAAAGCCCAGACACCCCGAUGCUAUGUGGCGGUCACCACACUCUUUGCACUGGCAGCACUGGCGGGGCUGAUGACCAUUUCCAGCGUGGGCGCCGUUCUCUUUGCCUUGCUGCUGCUCUGUAUCUCCUGCCUCUGCCCCUACUGUCUCAUUCGGCUUCAGCUGCUCAAGGACAAUAUUCACGGGCCAUGGGAUGAGGCUGAGAUCAAGGAAGAUCUCUCCAGGUUCCUCAUGUAGGCCUAGCUCAGAGGAAAAGAGGGAGGGAGGGAGGAAGGGACCACCCUCUGCUGUAAGCAAUAUGAAGGAUGCUUUCUGAGAGACAGUUCCUGAAGAGCUGGACGCUUUACCUAAUAAAAACCUCUUGCACAGAAA